AUGGUGGGCCCAGAUGACAACCACACAAUGGAACCCCCUGACACUUUCUUACUUGUGGGCAUCCCAGGUCUGCACUCUUCCCAUCUUUGGCUGGCUGUUACACUGACUGCCAUGUACACUAUAGUCCUGUUGGGGAACUCCCUCAUAAUAACAGUAAUCUGGAUGGAUUCUACCCUACGAGAGCCCAUGUACUGUUUUCUAUGUGUUCUAGCUGCUGUGGACAUUGUUAUGGCCUCCUCGGUGGUGCCCAAGAUGGUGGUCAUCUUCUUCUCAGGAGACAACUCCAUCAGCUUUAAUGGCUGUUUCAUUCAGAUGUAUUUUGUCCAUGCAGCCACAGCUGUGGAGACAGGGCUGUUGUUGGCCAUGGCUUUUGACCGCUAUGUAGCCAUCUGUAAGCCCCUACACUACAAGAGGAUUCUCACCCCUCAAGUGAUGCUAGGAAUGUGUGUGGCCAUCACCAUCAGAGCAGUCAUAUUCAUGACUCCACUCAGUUGGAUGGUGAGUCACCUACCUUUCUGUGACUCCAAAGUGGUUCUCCAUUCUUACUGUGAGCACAUAGCUGUGGCCAAGUUGGCAUGUGCCAGCCCCAUGCCCAGUAGUCUCUACAGUAUGAUCGGGUCUUCUAUUAUCGUGGGCUGUGAUGUGGUCUUCAUUGCUGCAUCUUACAACCUGAUUCUCCGGGCAGUAUUUGGUCUCUCCUCAAAGAAUGCUCAGUUGAAAGCAUUAAGCACAUGUGGCUCCCAUGUAGGUGUUAUGGCUCUGUACUACCUGCCUGGGAUGGCCUCCAUCUACGUGGCCUGGCUAGGAAAGGGCACAGUGCCCUUACACACACAAGUGCUGUUAGCAGACUUGUACCUGGUCAUCCCACCCACUUUAAAUCCCAUCAUCUAUGGCCUGAGGACUAAACAAAUACGGCAGCAAACACUGAGUUUUUUGAUGCGCUGUCUCUUUGGCCACCCCAACCUUGGUUCAUGAACCCAAAGUCUGGUCAGUUCUU